AUGGAUUCGAACAACGCCAUCCUUGCAAUUAGCUUGUUGUUCUCGAUAUGGUGCGCUACGUGUGUUGCCCAAUCGAGCAAUGUUUAUAAUGUGAAGGAGCAUGGAGCACUAGGAAAUGGCAAAAAUGAUGACACAAAGUCAUUGGUGUUCAGUUUUGUGAAGAAUGCAAAGAUCAAAAGCAUUUCCUCUUUGGAUAGCAAACUGUUCCACAUUCAUAUUUUUUCAUCAGAGAAUUUCGAUAUCGAGUCUGUGACCAUCAAUGCCCCUGGAGACAGCCCAAACACUGAUGGCAUUCAUGUUGCUGAUUCCACCAAUGUCACAAUUACAGAUGCCACCAUUGGCACUGGGGAUGAUUGCAUCUCCAUUGGACCAGGAAAUUCCAACCUAACCAUCUCUAAUGUGCAUUGUGGCCCUGGCCAUGGCAUUAGUGUCGGGAGCCUCGGUAAGAACUCGGGCGAAACCGAUGUCCUUGGCUUGACGGUUAGGAAUUGCACCUUGAAUGGCACGACCAACGGGUUGCGAAUCAAGACAUGGCAAUCUUCUCCGACUCUAUUGAAGGCUGCCCACUUUACCUACGAGGACAUCACCAUGAACAACGUCUACAAUCCCAUCAUAAUAGACCAAGAGUAUUGCCCCUACGUUUCUUGUGCCGAAAAGGAUCCAUCUCGUGUUCAAAUAUAUGAUAUCAAGUUCACAAAUGUCAAGGGAACUUCUUCCUCAGCGGAAGCCAUCAAGUUCAUUUGUAGUAGCUCGUUUCCAUGUCAAGGUGUGAUACUAAAUGAUAUCGACUUACAUUACACCGGCGAUGCAAGAGGGAACAAGACGACAACAUCAACCUGUGCCAACGUUCAGGGAAAAUCAAAUGAGAAUGUGAAGCCAAAUCCAUGCAUUUGA